CAGAGCGAAACGACCGAUUUUGACCCACGACACGAAAAUGCGAAAUACUUUCACGAGUUUCGUCACAAUCAUUGCAUUUUUGAUAGCGAGCAUCCUAUGCUUCCAGCCUAUGUCUAAAGAAGAACACGUAGAACAGUUUAAGAAGAUGGGUGCAGAGGUAGAACCUUUCAGAAAGAAUUUGACCGAAUGCGCGCGGCAAGUUAAAGCUUCUAUGACAGACGUUGAAACAUUCCUUAAAAGAAUACCUCAGUCGACCCUUCAAGGGAAGUGCUUCGUGGCCUGUAUUUUAAAGCGUAAUUCUAUCAUCGUGAAGAACAAGAUAGUCCCAAGGAAUCUUCUGGAAGCGAAUAAAGCGGUAUAUGGGGAAGAUAGUGAAGUGUUAGCGCGUCUAAGAAGCGCUAUUAAAGAAUGUUUGAAAGCCGUGGAGGGUAUAUUUGAGAUUUGUGAAUACGCUUCGGUGUUUAAUGACUGUAUGCAUAUGAAGAUGGAGCAUAUCCUGGACAGAGUGACGAUGGAUAGAAGGAUGGAGGCGCUGGGACAGAUGACGUCGAACCCUGAUGUGUGGACGGAGGAAGAUGAUGAACUAUUGAAACUCGUCAAAGACGAGCUUUAGUGAGAAUACGCGUGAGUGGAACUAAGUAUUAGUACCUAAUAAAGUGUAUUGCGUGCA